AUGUCGUCAGAUACAUUUGAUGGUAAUUCAAUUUAUUCAGAAGAAGUAAUUAAGAAACAACGAAUACAUCAAUUUAGCUGUAUUGUUGAUGGUUAUUUUGGUGAUGCAUACGAUUGCCGAAUCUAUCAUGUGUGUGUCGAUGGACGGGAUUAUCGAUCGAUUUGUGCACCAGGUCUUGCAUGGGAAUCAUUAUUACGUUUAUGUAUGCCAAUGCAUCUUGUUAAUUGUCAAAAUUCAAAAUCAAUUGAUUCAUCAUCAGGAUCAUCAAAGAAAAAAUGGAUUCAAUUAUUUACUAGACCUGUCAUAACAACAACAACAACAACAACGACAACGACAUCAGCAAAAUCAACAGUACCAUUCCAUGUACCCUCGAUUUUUACUUGUGCUGGUCGUUCUAAUGGUUAUUAUGCAGAUCCCAUUCAUUGCCAUAAAUUUCAUUAUUGUGGAACGGGCUGGCAUAGUGUGAUGGAAUGUGAUAAAGGUUUAGCCUAUUCUGCUCAAGAACAUGAUUGUGUGCCUGUUGAACUUGUUAAUUGUAGUACGAAGAAAUCAUCAAUAAAACAAUAA